AUGGCGCUCGAAGUAGAGUCUGCAGAUGUUAUCAGGCUUAUUCAACAAUUUCUCAAGGAAAAUAAUCUACAAAGAACUCUUUCGACAUUGCAGGAGGAGACAAGUAUAACAUUGAAUACUGUAGACAGUGUUGAGAGUUUUGUCACUGAAAUCAACUGUGGACAUUGGGAUACUGUUUUAACAGCCAUACAAUCAUUAAAACUCCCAGAUAAAACUCUGAUUGAUUUAUAUGAGCAGAUUGUACUUGAGUUGAUAGAGUUGCGAGAGCUUGGUGCUGCACGAUCACUCCUACGUCAGACAGAUCCCAUGAUAAUGCUGAAGCAACARCAAGCAGACAGAUACCUCCACUUAGAAAACAUGCUUGCCAAAUCUUACUUUGAUACCAGAGAGGCUUAUCCUGAAGGAGGAAGCAAGGAAAGAAAAAGGGCAGCCAUAGCUCAAGCAUUGUCAGGUGAAGUAUCAGUUGUGCCGCCAUCUCGUUUAAUGGCUCUCUUGGGUCAAGCACUWAARUGGCAGCAGUACCAAGGUCUACUACCACCAGGCACUACCAUUGAUUUAUUCCGUGGUAAGGCUGCUGUYAGGGAUGAAGAAGAGGAGAGAUAUCCAUCACUUUUAAACAAGACAAUCAAGUUUGGAACCAAAUCUCAUCCAGAAUGUGCUAAAUUCUCGCCAGAUGGACAGUACUUGGUGACCGGUAGYGUUGAUGGGUUUAUAGAAGUAUGGAAUUUCACAACAGGAAARAUAAGAAAAGAUCUAAAGUAUCAAGCACAAGAGAACUUUAUGAUGAUGGACCAGAGUGUCUUGUGCUUGGAUUUUAGUAGAGACAGUGAGAUGCUUGUGUCUGGUGGCCAGGAUGGAAAGAUUAAGGUAUGGAAACUUCAGACUGGUCAAUGUCUGAGAAGAUUUGAAAGAGCGCAUGCUAAAGGUGUGACUUGUGUGACUUUCUCUCGUGAUGCCAGCCAACUUUUGAGUGGUUCAUUUGACAUGACAAUAAGAAUGCAUGGAUUAAAGUCUGGUAAAACUCUCAAGGAAUUUAGAGGUCACACUUCGUUUGUAAAUGAUGUCAUCUUCACAUCAGAUGCACAYAGUAUUAUUAGUGCAAGCAGUGAUGGGACAGUUAAGAUUUGGAACAUCAAAUCAACUGAAUGUCAGCACACUUUCAAACCGUCUGUUGGUGCUGUUACCACAGACAUCACAGUCAACUCUGUCCACCUCUUCCCAAAGAACCUGGAACAGUUUGUUGUCUGUAAUCGGUCGAAUACAGUUGUAAUUAUGAAUAUGCAAGGCCAGAUCGUCCGUAGUUUUACUAGUGGUAAACGUGAAGGUGGAGACUUCACMUGUUGUAUCCUGUCCCCACGGGGGGAGUGGAUGUACUGUGUAGGGGAGGACAUGGUAUUGUAUUGCUUUAGUACAACAACUGGAAAACUUGAACAGUCGCUGCAGAUCCAUGAGAAAGACGUCAUUGGCAUGGUUCAUCAUCCUCAUCAGAAUUUAAUGGCCACGUAUAGUGAAGAUGGUCAAUUGAAGCUCUGGAAACCAUAGAAACCAGUGCUAUUACCAUGACAAUCUCGACUUGAAAGCCCUACUUGCGCAUAGAGCAUUGUAUAUCAUCUACUUCAUCUAAACGAAGUACAUUGCGUGACACUGAGAGCAUUAUUUCAUUAAGCAUCAAAGGGCGUGAUGAUAUUUUAUUCAUGCACGCCGUUACACUUACUGCGUGACGUAGAAAGUGUUACAUGCAGUGCGUAACUCAUGGGACGUUAAAGGAAGGCGUUGCAUACAAGGAGUCGAGCUUAGUACGUGACACGGAGAGCGUUACGUAAAAUGCAUAAACACGUUGCGGACAGGGAAGUGUAAACGAUUUGUAAAUAUAGUUAAAAAAAUUAAGUGCAUUCUUCAUUUUUUGUUUUAUUUGAAUAUGAACUUUUAGCAUAGCAAGAGUUUAUAAGUAAGUUUUUGAGCUUUUUAAACUUUUGACAAUAUCUCAA